CUCUCUCUCUCUCUCUCUGGCCUUUGAGAAGGAAAAUGAGGAAGCCUUGUUGCGAGAAGAAAGGGACGAUGAACAAAGGGGCGUGGACAAAGCAAGAAGACCAAAAGCUCAUUGACUACAUACAUAAACAUGGCGAAGGUUGCUGGCGCUCUCUCCCCCAAGCUGCAGGUUUGCUGCGUUGUGGGAAGAGCUGUCGACUGAGAUGGGUCAACUACUUGAGACCAGACCUUAAACGUGGCAACUUUGGUGAGGAUGAAGAAGACCUCAUCAUCAAGCUGCAUGCACUCCUCGGAAAUAGGUGGUCCCUCAUUGCCGGAAGAUUACCGGGACGGACAGACAAUGAAGUGAAGAAUUACUGGAACACCCACUUGAGAAGAAAACUCAUGCAGAUGGGGAUUGAUCCAAACAAUCAUCGGCCCCGACCUGCUGUCUCUGUUCCGAACAAAUCGGUCGGGUCAGACCAUAGUUCAACGUGCAAACCCGAGAACUCGCAGGAAGAAGAAGACAUAGGCUCUGUGCUGCAAUGCUCGAGUAAACCCGAGAGCAAUACUGGCUUCCUGCCCGACCUGAAUCUCGAACUCACAAUAGGGCCCCCGUUGAUCGAAGAGCGACUACAGUUAUCGCACAUAGACUCUACUCAACUUAGUUUCUCAAAUUUUUCGACAGUUAUAAGCUGAUGGCUAAAUUGUCCGGGUGCAAUUUGAGAUCAUCUGAUCUGAUGAGAUGAGACUUUUGUUAUCAAAACGAUUCGCUCACAGCAAGCACGAGUGG